CCUGUGAGCAGAAGCUUCUAUAGACAGACAGACAGACAGGUCUCCGGUGUGGACGUUGGGGAUUUUGUGUGAAACAGACGGACGGAUCCACCGGCUGACACACAGGAGACAAAGACAGAGGAGGACAGACGGGCAGAGAGACAGACAGGCUGACAGGCACGCAGGCAGGCAGACAGACUGGAAGACUCUGACCAGAGGCAUGCGCCGCUGGACCGACAGGCUUGAGCUCAGGUAGCCCGGAGCUGAGGUGAGGCUUCUUGUGAUUGGUGGCCAUGGUGCCCCGGCCUUCAUCGGGGGAGCUGUGGGGGCUCCAUCUGAUGCCCCCCCGCAUCCUGGUGGACUGCUGCCUGCCCAACGGGAUGAUGGUGAGUCUGGAGUGUCUCAGAGAAACUCCUCUCAUCAGCAUCAAGCAGCAGCUCUUCGCAGAGGCCAGGAAGUACCCGCUGUACCACCUGUUGCAGGAGGAGUCGAGUUACAUCUUUGUGGGCGUGACCCAGGAGGCGGAGAGGGAGGAGUUUUACGAUGAGACGAGGCGACUCUGCGAUCUCCGACUGUUUCACCCAAUCCUGAAGGUCAUCGAGCCACUGGGUAACCGGGAGGAAAAGAUCCUGAACCGAGAAAUAGGGUUUGCCAUCGGGAUGCCCGUCUGUGAGUUUGAGAUGAUGAAGGACCCGGAGGUUCAAGACUUCCGUCGCUCCAUACUGAGCGUGUGCAGAGAGGCCAUGGAAGAGAGAGAGGGGGGAGGGGCCCACAGCCAUGCGCUCUACGUUUACCCCCCCAACGUGGAAUCCAGCUCCCAACUCCCACAGCAUAUCUACAGAAAGCUAGACAAAGGGAGGUUGAUUGUGACCAUCUGGGUCAUCGUGUCUCCGUCCAACUCUAAACAGAAAUACACCCUGAAGGUGAGUCAUGACAGUUUACCUGAGCAGCUGAUAGCCGAGUCCAUCAGGAAGAAAAGCCGGUCGAUGCACCUGUCACCUCAACAGCUACGCCUCUGUGUCCAGGAGUACCAGGGGCAGUACAUCCUGAAGGAGUACCAGGGGCAGUACAUCCUGAAGGUGUGUGGCUGUGAUGAGUACCUGUUGGAGAAGUAUCCUCUCAGUCAGUACAAGUAUAUCCGGUCCUGUAUCAUAGUGGGUCGUCUUCCACAUCUGAUGCUGGUCUCCAAAGACAGUCUCUACUCUCAGCUACCUGCCUCUGGCUUUGUCACACCAUCAUACAGUCGUCGGACUCCUCAGCCGUCUCCCUGUCCAGGAGGAGGUGAUGGUUCUCCUCCUCGCUCUCUGUGGGCCUUCAACACUCUGCUGAGGGUACGACUGCUCUGUGCCACUUACGUCAACGUCAACAUCCGGGACAUCGACAAGAUCUAUGUGAGGACAGGUAUCUAUCAUGGUGGAGAGCCGCUCUGUGACAACGUCAACACACAGAGAGUACCCUGCUCCAACCCCAGGUGGAAUGAGUGGCUGGCCUAUGACAUCUACCUGGCGGAUCUACCUCGCUCAGCCAGACUCUGCCUGUCGAUCUGCUCUGUGAAGGGAAGGAAAGGAGCCAAGGAGGAGCACUGUCCUCUGGCCUGGGGGAACGUGAACCUGUUCGACUACACUGACAUUCUGGUUUCGGGUAAAGUGGCUCUGAGUCUUUGGCCGGUCCCUCACGGCCUCGAGGACCUCCUCAAUCCCAUCGGUGUCGCAGGUUCAAAUCCCAACAAGGAGACUCCCUGUGUGGAGCUGGAGUUCUCCUGGUUUAAUCAGACUGUCGUGUUUCCUGAUGAGCAGCAAAUAGAAGAGCAUGCUAACUGGACCAUCAGCAGAGAGCUGGGCUACAACUACUGCCACGGAGUGAGCAGUCGUCUGGCCUGUGACAGCAGAACUUCAGCAGCUGAUGCAGAGCAGCUUCAUUCUCUUUCCUCCAGAGAUCCUCUCUAUGAACUCUCCGAGCAGGAGAAGGACUUCCUGUGGAGGCACAGACAUUACUGUGUAAACAUGCCAGAGUCUCUUCCUAAGCUGCUUAUGUCCGUUAAAUGGAAUUCCAGAGACGAAGUAUCUCAGAUGUACUGUUUGCUGAAGGAGUGGCCUCUGAUGGAACCUGAAUCUGCUCUGGAGUUGUUGGACUGUAACUUUCCUGAUCCGAUGGUCCGAGAGUUUGCUCUGCGCUGCCUGGUGCAAGGCCUGACUGACGACAAGCUGUCCCAGUACCUGCUGCAGCUCGUUCAGGUGUUAAAGUAUGAGAUGUACCUGGACAACCCUUUGGCUCGUUUCCUGAUAAAGAAAGCUCUGACCAAUCAGAGGAUAGGACACUUCUUCUUCUGGCAUCUCAAGUCAGAGAUGCACAACAAGACGGUAUCCCGGCGGUUUGGUUUGCUGCUGGAAGCUUUCUGCAGGGCCUGUGGCAUGUACCUGAAACACCUGAACAGACAGGUGGAGGCCAUGGAUAAACUGGUUAAUUUAACCGACACACUGAAACAAGAGAAGAAGGACGAAACACAAAAAACUCAGAUGAAGUUCCUGGUUGAACACAUGUCUCGUCCAGAUUACAUGGAGGCUCUUCAGGGAUUCGUGUCUCCUCUGAACCCUGUUCACCAGCUGGGGAACCUCAGGCUGGAGGAGUGCAGGAUCAUGUCUUCGGCAAAGCGCCCCCUGUGGUUGAACUGGGAGAACCCCGACAUUAUGUCUGAGCUGCUCUUUACCAACAACGAGGUCAUCUUCAAGAACGGAGACGACCUGCGUCAGGACAUGCUGACUUUGCAGAUCAUUAAGAUUAUGGAGAAUAUCUGGCAGAACCAAGGCCUGGACCUGCGCAUGCUGCCGUACGGCUGCCUGUCCAUCGGCGACUGUGUUGGUCUCAUCGAGGUGGUGAAGAACAGUUUCACCAUCAUGCAGAUUCAGUGUAAAGGAGGCCUGAAGGGGGCGCUGCAGUUCAACUCCAACACACUACACCACUGGAUCAAAGACAAGAACAGAGGAGAGGCGUAUGACCGGGCCAUCGACCUGUUCACCAGGUCCUGUGCAGGUUACUGCGUAGCCACCUUCAUCCUGGGCAUCGGAGACCGACACAACUCCAACAUCAUGGUGAAGGAGAACGGCCAGCUCUUUCACAUCGACUUUGGUCACUUUCUGGAUCACAAGAAGAAGAAGUUUGGGUACAAGAGGGAGCGCGUUCCCUUCGUUCUGACUCAGGACUUCCUCAUCGUCAUCAGUAAAGGAGUCCAGGAGUCGACCAAGACCAAGGAGUUUGAGAGGUUCCAAGAGAUGUGUUAUAAAGCCUACUUGGCCAUCCGUCAACACGCCAGCCUCUUCAUCAACUUGUUCUCCCUCCUUUUGGGCUGCGGCAUGCCGGAACUCCAGAGCUUUGACGACAUCGCCUACCUGAGGAAAACGCUGGCUCUAGAGAAGAGCCAGCAGGAAGCGUUGGAGUAUUUCACCAAACAGAUGAACGACGCUCAUCACGGAGGCUGGAGCACCAAGAUGGACUGGAUCUUCCACACCAUCAGACACAUGCCCAAUGAGCACUGACAUAUACAUUUAUUUAUUUAUAUAUGUAUAUAUAUAUAUAUAUAUAUAUAUAUAUAUAUAUAUAUAUAUAUAUAUAUAUAUAUAUAUAUAUAUAUAUAAACAAACACACCAUCAGACACAUGCCCAAUGAGCACUGACAUAUAUAUUUAUAUACAUGUAUAUAUAUAUGUAUACAAGACAUUUACAUACAUCACUCUGCAUAUCUACUGCACUACUGUGAGGAUGACGAUGAGGACAAUGUAGAUGUUUGCAUCAUGUAGUUGGGCUGGUUGUCAUAACAACAUGAAACUCAGGGUCACAGGUCAGAGCCGUGGUGGAGAGGGCCAAAGGUAUGCUGGGAAAAGACAAUAAUGAUGUCGUACAUGUCUUCCAGUCGGGUUGGAGGUAGCCUGUUAGCUCUACUGACUGAACUUUAAUACCGUAGCAUUAGAAACCUUAUGGAGUAGCAGCUGUAAUUUUUAUUUGUUUUCUGUUUGGUGGGAGAAGUGGAAUGAAGCCAGCUUUAUUGAAACCAGCACGGUGCACACUGUGGUCACUGUGAGAGCAAUAAAACCUCCAAUAGCUGAUCAAUACUUUGAUUAUGACAAUCAGGAGUUCUGAGCUGGCCGGAGUCAUGAGAUCAGACCAAAGUUAACGAGACUGUGAACAUGAGGACUUUACACCUUUACAGAUUUAUAUUUACAUUAUCAGAAAAUGUCUUGAAAGCAUUGUGAUAACGUGGCUUUUUCUACAGUAAUAUCUUCUUGUUUAACUCAUUUUGUUAAAUCUAUCGUUGUGAAGAUAUCAUACUUGUUUUCCUUUACAGUGGCCCAAAUAUGAAAUCAUAUAAAGUGCCCUUUGCACUUUGCAGCUGGCUGAUAUCUUUUGGUGUAUUAUGAUUAAGACUCAAGUCUUAUGUGAACACCAGAGGUUUAAAUCUUUUUUAAAUAGGGGUUCGGUGUGAUAUAUGCUCUAAAAUUAUCUGAAUUCAGUUUCAAUUGACUUCCACUUACACAACAUAUCAAGUUUGAUCAGUGCUCAAAGUCUUUAAACCACAAUCUGAACCAAUUAGCUGUUUGUUGUUCUUUGUUAGCUGAGUGCACUGUAGCCUGUAGCAUAGCAUCAUAACCCCCCCUAUUUCAUUGGCUGUCAACCGACCAGGGGCUAGACAGGUAAAAGAGUUAUUAAAAUGAACGUUUGUUUUUGCUUCUGCUCAGGUCAGAUGUUUGUCUAAGCCCACAUCAGUUACUAUGAAAUCAUCGACAUGCUGGUUACCAUAGUGACUGAAUAUGUGGAAUUGAGCAACAAAUAUGUGUGUGUUUUCCAUGUGAUCAAUAUUAUUGAUUGAUAUUUAAGCCAAUGCAUAUAACAGUGAUGACACACAUCCUGUUCAAGAUGUAUUGAGGAUUCAGCCAACCAGAGGGCCCACAAGUUAAGUCCCCACAAACAUAUAUAGUUUUGAAGCACUGUUUUUAAACUGAACUUUACAAUGCGUCACCUGGGGGGGGCGGUGCCUGUCGUGUGACACAAAUAUGAAGAUGCACUUAUUAAUCUCUGACUGUCAUUGAUUAUCAUGUCAUUU